UCAGCAAUGGCGGCCGACUUGAAUUACGAAGGAUGUAAUUUUUAUCGUCAAAGACUUGUUCUUUCUACAUUGAGUGGAAAAUCAGUUAUGAUAAAAAAUAUAAGAACAUUUGAUGAUGAUCCAGGUCUUUGUGCUUUUGAAGCUGGUUUUAUAAGGUUACUUGACAAGAUAACCAAUGGAUCUAAGAUUGAAGUUAAUGAAACAGGCACUUCUAUAUUCUAUAAACCUGGAUUGCUUAUUGGUGGAACAGUAGAUCAUGAUUGUAGUUUGCAAAGAUCAAUUGGUUAUUUUCUUGAAAGUGUUGUCUGUCUUGCACCGUUUUGUAAAAGACCUUUACAGCUGACACUCCGAGGGGUGACAAAUGACGGCGAGGACCCAUCAGUUGACAUAAUUAAGACUGUUACAAUUCCUUUGAUGAAAAGAUUUUUGUUGGAUGAUGAAGGAUUAGAUCUUAAGAUUGUGAAAAGAGGUGCAGCACCAAAUGGAGGUGGCGAGGUGGUGUUUUCAUGCCCCGUGAGACGAACUUUACGACCAUUACACCUUAAUGAUGCUGGAAAAAUCAAACGUGUUCGGGGACUUGCAUAUUCUGUGAGAGUUUCUCCCGCUAUGGUAAACAGAAUUGUUGAUGCUGCAAGGGAAAUCUUGAACAAAUGUGUUUCGGACAUUUAUAUUUAUACUGAUCAUUGCAAAGGUGCUCAAGCUGGAAGAUCACCUGGUUUUGGAUUGUCCCUUGUUGCCGAAUCAACGAAAGGUACUCUACUAAGUGCCGAAGGCGCAUCAAAACCUGCUGACCAGGAAGGUGCCGUAUCCCCGGAAGAUAUUGGCAGAAAGACAGCUAUGAUGCUUCUUGAAGAGAUUUACCGGGGCGGUUGUGUCGAUUCAAAACAUCAGAGUUUACCGUUGCUCUUUAUGGCUCUAGGUCAACGCGAUGUUUCAAAACUGCUCACUGGAGUUUUAUCAUCAUACACAAUACAAUUUUUACGGCAUCUUCGUGAUUUCUUUGGGGUUGUUUUUAAAGUUCAAAGUUUAACGAAUUACGACGAUGAAGACAUAAGAACGGGAUGCGAGACUCGAAUUUUGUUGUCAUGUGUAGGUGUAGGGUAUAGUAACGUCAGUAAGUCUAUUACGUAAUUAUGUUAGUAAAUCUAUUACGUAAUUAUAUCAGUAAGUCUUUUACGUAAUUAUGUGAGUAAGUAUAUUACGUAAUUAUGGAGGAAAAUUUUCUCGCAAAUUUUCUAAAACAUUACAAUAUAUUUAAAUACUGUACUUGUGUGAUCCUUGCGCAAUCUAGGCAAGUACAUGCUCGUCAGUAAACACAUAGAAAUGAUGUAUUAAGGAGCAGUCAUAACUUGUCCCCAUGAAUGUGUCACCAUUCAUGCGUUUGUAAAAGAGUAGCUGUGUACUACAUUAGAUCAUGUAUCAUUAUGAUUGGACUUUGAUCUGCACCAA